AUGUCUUUGAAUCCAGAGGAGCUCAAAAAGAACGCCAUCAUCACAGAGCGUUCUAUCCAUUCCAGCAGCAGUUCCAGCAGCCCUACUUUGUCCCCUAAUAUAUACGCCCAAGAUGAUAAGAAUCUUCCAUCGCCUACAUCCUCGACCUCUUCAAGCUCUUUUAAUCUCGAAAAACAAGACCCUCCGCCACCACCAUACCAUGUCUUCACUCGCUCUCGCAAAUUGCAGAUGGUCUGCAUCGUCUCUUUAGCUGCCAUCUUCUCCCCGCUCUCAUCCAACAUCUACUUUCCCGCUCUUGGAACUAUAUCAAAGGAGCUGGAUGUUUCAAUGUCUCUGACUACAUUGACUGUUACUGUUUACAUGAUUGUUCAAGGACUCGCCCCCAGCUUUUGGGGUUCCUUUUCUGAUGCCAUUGGUCGACGAGGAAUCUUCAUUGGAACAUUCAUUGUCUAUAUGAUUGCGAACAUUGCAUUGGCAGUGUCCACAAAUUAUGGAGAGUUGAUGGCUUUCCGAGCACUACAGGCUGCGGGUAGCGCAGCAACAAUCUCAAUUGGUGCAGGUGUGAUUGGAGAUAUCACUACAUCGGCCGAGAGAGGAAGUCUUGUCGGAAUUUUCGGCGGAGUGCGAAUGCUUGGCCAAGGUGUCGGUCCUGUCUUCGGCGGAGUCUUGUCCCAGUACUUGGGCUAUAGAUCCAUUUUCUGGUUUCUCACUAUCAUGGCCGCUAUCAGCCUAUUCUCGAUUAUGUGCAUCCUGCCCGAGACUCUCCGUUCCAUUGCUGGCAAUGGCACUGUCCCCCUUUACGGUCUUCACAAGCCAUACAUUUACUACGUCACCGGCCAGCCUGAUGUUCAAGAAGACGCAAAGCCUAUCGGGGAGAAGAAGAAGGUUACCUGGAAAACGGUCUUGGCUCCUCUUACUUUCCUCGGUGAGAAGGAUGUCUUCAUCACUCUCUUCUUCGGUGCGAUCGUCUACACCGUCUGGUCGAUGGUCACUUCCUCCACUUCCCAACUGUUCGAAGAUACCUAUGGUCUGAACACCUUGGAGGUCGGCUUGACCUUCCUGGGUAACGGUUUCGGCUGCAUGACCGGUUCUUACACUAUCGGCUACCUGAUGGAUUACAACCACAAGCGCACUGAGCGUGAUUACUGUCGACAGAACAACCUGCCUCUCGAUACUCGCAUCACAACCAAGACACACCCAGACUUUCCUAUCGAGUAUGCUCGUAUGCGUAACACUUGGUGGAUCACUGCCUUGUUUGUUGUGUGUACGGCUGUCUAUGGUGUUUCCCUUCGUACACACCUCGCUGUCCCAAUUAUUCUGCAGUAUAUUAUCGCCUACUGCGCUACUGCCAUCUUCACUAUCAACAGUGCUCUGAUCAUUGAUCUCUACCCUGGAGCCAGUGCUAGUGCAACUGCAGUCAAUAAUCUGAUGCGGUGUUUGAUCGGUGCCGGCGGUGUUGCUCUCGUUACGCCUAUUAUUGAUGCCAUUGGCUCGCUGUUUUGUUUUGUUUUGCUGGCUGGUGUUACAUUGGCCAUGGUUCCGUUGCUGAUGGUUGAGAUGAGAUGGGGUGCUGGGUGGCGCAUGAAGCGCAACGAGCGUCUCAAGGCGAAGGCCGCUAAGGCGAUUCAGGAGGCUUAA